CUCUUUCUAUACCUCUCUCACUGUGCAGCGUCACCUGAGAGUCUCCACCACUGAAUCUCUGCCCUUACAAUGAUGACUGAUUUCAAUCUCCUUUUUUUCAUUUUCGUUGCCGUCGAGGCCACUCUCUCUCUGGAAUAUUGCCCAACCCAUUGCCAGUGUGACUGGGACAUCCAUACUGUGUCAUGUUUUGGAGCAGAGACCAUGCCAGUUUUCCAUUCCAGCACACAGCAAGUGUGGCUUGUGGGGACAAAACUUUCUUCUAUUCCUCAGAAUGCCUUCACAAACUUGGCAAAUAUUUCUCACAUAUACAUCUCUGAUGAUGAUACUUUAAAAUAUCUUGAGAGGCAUUCGUUCUACAACCUGUCCACGGUCAUUCACAUACAACUAACUGGUAUUAAAAGAUUGUCAUACGUUGACCAAGAGGCAUUUAAGGAUCUGCCUAAUUUAAAGUACCUUGGGAUCACCAACACAGGACUAACCUCGUUUCCUGUGCUACAAUAUAUUCAGUCCAGCCAAGAGGAUUUUAUUUUGGAAAUAGUGGAGAAUGCCUUCAUACAUGUCAUAUCUGCUAAUUCUUUCACUGGAAUAUCUGAGAAUGCUCUGACCCUCAUGCUGAAUAGCAAUGGCGUGAAAGAGAUCCAGCGCUAUGCCUUCAAUGGAAGCAGACUGGAGGAAGUGUAUCUUCACAGGAAUGUGGAUUUGGAACACAUAGAUGAAUUUGCAUUUUAUGGAGUGAUUCACGGUCCAACUCACUUAGACCUUUCAGAAACUAAAGUUGGCUCUUUGCCUUCAAUUGGUAUGGAGACCAUUGAAAAGCUCCAAGCUAAAAACACUUGGGCCCUCAAAACACUGCCCCCCUUAAGAGCCUUUCUCCACUUACAGGUUGCUGAAUUGACCUUCCCAAGCCAUUGCUGUGGUCUAAAAAUGUUGAAAAGAUGGAGAGGACAAUCUGAGGCAGUUAUUUGCAACUUGACCCGGACUGCUUUGGAAAAGCUGCAGGAAUCCUCUGUAGCUCUCUCUCAGAGAUAUCUGGGACACAGAAGCUACCAGCAUCUGAAGGACAGCCUUGGUGUCCCAACUACCGACACUACAAAUCACAAUGGCUACUCCAGCACCCCUAGAUGUCCCACUGAACAGUCUCAAAUCGAGGGUUUGUUUUAUGUGGAGCUGCCUACAGAGCACGUCAGUGACAGUUUUGAGUUUGCACUGUGUAAUGAACUUCACACAGAUAGUCACAGAGUCUCGUGCACCCCCCUGCCUGGUGCCCUGAAACCCUGUGAGGAUGUGAUGAGUCGAGGCUUCCUGAGGGUGCUGGUCUGGGUGGUCAGUCUGUUAGCCAUUUCAGCCAACCUCCUGGUGAUGCUUAUCCUGCUGACCAGCCAGCAGAAGUUGUCCGUUACUCGUUUCCUGAUGGGGCACCUGGCGUUUGCAGACUUUUGUAUGGGGAUGUACUUACUGCUCAUUGCAUCUGUUGAUCUCUACACACGAUCCCAUUAUUAUCACUAUGCUAUUGCCUGGCAAACAGGCAGUGGCUGCAGUCUAGCAGGAACAUUAUCAGUCUUUGCCAGUGAGCUAUCUGUGUAUACGUUAACUUUAAUCAGCCUUCAGCGCUGGCAUGCCAUCUUCUUUGCAAUGAGACCAGAAAAAAAAAUGAGGUUACGCCACGCAGCUGUGCUGAUGCUCAUCGGCUGGUUGCUGUGUGUGAUCCUAGCACUGCUGCCCCUGGUUGGUGUGAGCAGUUACCAGAAAGUUAGCAUCUGCCUUCCCAUGGACACUGAGACACCUGCUGCUCAAGCCUAUGUGGUAUCUAUCCUGAUGGUUAAUGUCAUUGCUUUUAUAAUGGUAUGCUUAUGUUACCUCCACAUCUACUGUGUGGUGCACAAUCCCCAGCACCAGUCCAGCAGAUGUGAUACCAGCAUGGCCAAACGCAUGGCGGUUCUCAUUUUCACCAACUUUUUGUGUCUGGUUCCCAUUUGCUUCUAUGGACUGUCUGCAGCUCUUCACCAACCGCUGAUGACUGUCACAGAUUCCAAGGUGCUACUGGUGCUUUUCUAUCCUAUCAACUCUUGUGCACACCCAUUUUUUUAUGCAAUCCUGACCAAGGCGUUUCACCAAGACAUCCUAAUGUUGCUGAGCCGGAUGGGGGUGUGCCAGCGGCAAGCACACCUCUAUCGAACCCAGCUUGUCAGUAUUACUCCCUACAUAUACAGAGAGGCAAUGUCUGCCCCACACUCCAGCACCCAAAUCCCAAAAGGUUCAAGUACAGGAAUCACCAGCCUACAAGAUGCACCACAGUUGCUUUUGAAAUUUGAUUAAUUUUCCAUGUAC